ACACACCAGCACAUGCACACACACACACACAUAAACACACACAAAGACACAUGCACACACACUGCUAAUUUCACCGUUAAACGCCGUCACCGCUGUUCAAAAUAAACAAAGCGCAAAAAGUAGAAAAAGCGGAAGCAUAAAUAAAUAAAUAAAAAAGAAAUGCAAACAAAAGAAAUAUAAAGAAAACGCAAAAACGAGAAUGAAAAGUUUCGUCUGCUUGGCAACACACGCAACACACGCACUGUAAGGUUGCAACAAUUUAAAUGCUCAAAUAUCAUACAAUCGACACACCCACAACAAGUAUUGCCACCUUCGACAACAACAACAUCAACAUCAACAACUACAACAACAACAACAACAACAACUACAGCUACAAUUACAUCAACAUCAUCAACAACAACAAUAACAACAUCAACAACAACAAUGUACAAGAAAACCAACUGACACAUAUAGAGACAGCAAAACAGCGCAAAGCGACGAGGAAAAACAACGCGAUCGACAACGAAACGAACGUGAGGCCAAAAAGGAAGAGCAGGACGCUAUUAAUUAUAAGCGCGACAAGGAGAACCGAGAGGCGCGUUUGCUGGACUUUGAGAUACGACGCCAGCAAAAGCGUGAGGAGCAGAAUCAGCAGCGACAGCAGCAGCAGCAAUUGCAGCAGCAUCACCAACAACAGCAGCAGCAACAACAGCAGCAGCAGCAGCAACAACAACAGCAGCAGCAGCAACAACAGCAACAACAGAACGAGAAAAGUCCUCCCACAACCUCGUCGCAUUUCCAACAACAGCAACAACAGCAAAAACAACAACAACAACAACAACAGCAGCUGCAACAACAGCAGCAGCAGCAACGUCAACAGUUGCAGCUGCAACAAAGUGUUGCCACACAGUCAAGCACUGCUGUUGGCCAAGUUCAAACGCCGGACACUCCCAAGUUGCAAACGCCGCCGGAUCGAUCGUUGCCACCUGCAUUUCGGAGCCGCUCGAUUGAGCGGGAAAUUUUAUACGAACGCAAACGCUUCUCCGUGCAGGAAUCCGCCGAAUUCAAGGAGGCUUUAAGCACGACACCAUCGCCGCAAACACAAAACUUUACCGGAACGCCGCUAACAGCAUACACGGCGACAUUGGCGGGACCUCCGGCAACAGCGGCAGCUGCGACAGCUGCUAUAAUACCGAUA